ACGAAAUUAAACGAAUAAUAAAGGACGAUGGUACACAUUUUGGAGAACAAAUAUCCUUGUCGUAGUAGUUUUAUUCGACAUCUUUUUGAAUUAAUAUCAAAUAGAGAAGAAUGUUUUCCACCAGCAAUUUUUGUUUACGGGCAUGCUGGAACAGGAAAAACUGCAAUUGUUAAAGACUUCUUACGGAUUGUCAAAAAAGAUCAACAAUUUCGUGGCGUACACGUUAAUUGUGUUGAGUGUUAUUCAACAAAAAUUCUUUUAGAGAAUACUCUGGAAGAAUUAAUUUCCUAUAGUGAUAAUCCCAAUUUAAGUUGCGAUACUCUGAAAGAAUUUGUAGAACACUUGAGAAACAAUAGCAGCAAUGACCAAAACAGCUAUGUUAUUGUACUAGAUAAUGCAGAUCGCUUACGUGAUAUGGAUGGAAAUAUUAUGCCGUCGCUACUACGGCUGCAGGAGAUGACCGGACUUAACAUAUGCGUAGUCCUCAUAUCCCAAAUACCAUUUGAGAAAUACCACUCUAAAACUGGUUUAACCGAAGUUAUAACACUCCAUUGUCCGCAGUAUUCGAAGGCGGAAACGUUAAAAAUUUUAAGUACACAAUUCGAAAUGGCUCGUCAAAUGCUCAAAAGCCAUAUAAAGGCACAACAUAUGAGUAAUUCUGAUUGUCAAUAUAAUAAGGAACUGGCACAAGUGGAUAUUGUCAACGAAAUAACUCCAGAAUUCUUUAAUAAUUAUCUGAACAUAUUUUUAAGUGUUUUUUAUAAGGCCUGCCGCGAUGUUCCUGAACUUAAAAUUACGGCUUGUAACUGCUUCCUUACUUACAUGGAGCCAGUAUUGAAUAAAUCUAUAGAUAUUACUGAUGUUUCCAAAUUAUGGCGUAAUAUAGCUGCACCGUUACGUGCUGCAUUAUCUCAGGUCUAUAUGCGUUACGAUAAAUCGGAGAAACAUAAUUUAACAGUUGUUCCAGAUGUCAAUUAUUCAGACCAAACUAUUCGGAAAAUGGCCCAGUCUCUGGAGUUACCAUUUUAUGGAAAAUAUUUAUUAAUUGCCGCCUUCUUAGCUAGCCACAACUCGGCCAAAGAAGAUAAACGUCUAUUUGUGAAGCAUCAUGGCAAACGACGAAAACGUUUGCAAACUGUGAACGCUAAAGCAAAGGUGUCGGAGAAAAUGUCUACAUCGUUAGGCCCCAAGUCAUUUAGUAUUGACCGUUUGUUGGCAAUUUUCUAUGCUAUACUCGAUGAAAAAGUUGGUCUGACGUGCAAUCUUCUUUCACAAAUUUCAACUUUAGUCCAUUUGAAACUGCUUGGAUUUGUCAGUGGUGAAAACAAUAUUAUGGAUGGAUCGGCCCGUCUUCAAUGUACAGUCGGUCUAGAGUUUGUACUUUAUAUUGGAAAAGUUGUUGGCUUUAAUGUAUGUCAGUAUUUGUGUGAUUUUAUGUAAUUUAUGAUAUAUAAAUUUAUAAAAAAAAUAUUGAUCUGAAGUAUAUAUUUCUUGACCACCUGGAAUUUUAACAAAAUGCAAAGAUGAUCGUUAUAUAGUUGCUCAUUCAAUAAAACAAAUACUUUUAAUUAAACAAAA